CUGUACUUUUCAAUCGUAGGCAACGAACCAGAAAGAUCAUGGCUUCUCAGCUCCUCAGACUUGCUCUAGGAAGCCGCUCCUCCCAGACCCUCUCAUCCACCGCCACCAACCCCGUUACUGCCCGUAAUUAUUCCCUAUUAGCUUCGGCAGCCAGGGCAUUCUCCUCCGCCACAGCUCCGAUCAAAGCCACUCUCUUUCCCGGUGAUGGUAUCGGCCCCGAAAUCGCCGAGUCCGUCAAACAGGUAUUUAAAGUGGCUGAGGUGCCAAUUGAGUGGGAAGAGCACUAUGUUGGGACUGAAAUAGAUCCUAGAACCCAGAGUUUCCUAACAUGGGAAAGUUUGGAGUCAGUUAGACGAAAUAAAGUAGGUUUGAAAGGUCCAAUGGCCACUCCAAUUGGCAAAGGCCAUCGUUCUCUGAAUCUCACUCUGAGGAAAGAACUUAAUUUGUAUGCCAAUGUCAGGCCUUGCAACAGCCUUCCAGGCUAUAAAACCCGGUAUGAUGAUGUGAAUCUUAUUACUAUUCGUGAAAAUAUGGAAGGGGAAUACUGUGGACUUGAACAUCAAGUAAGUGUUGUUGAAAGUCUCAAAAUCAUUACUCGUCAGGCAAGUUUAAGGGUGGCUGAAUAUGCUUUUCACUAUGCAAAGACCCAUGGUCAAGAGAAAGUGUCUGCAAUUCACAAGGCAAACAUUAUGCAGAAAACAGAUGGUCUGUUUCUUAAGUGCUGCCGUGAGGUUGCAGAGAAGUACCGUGAGAUAAUAUAUGAGGAAGUUGUUAUUGACAACUGCUGUAUGCUGCUUGUAAAGAAUCCAGCCUGUUUUGAUGUACUGGUGAUGCCUAACCUCUAUGGUGACAUUAUAAGUGACCUUUGUGCAGGAUUGGUUGGUGGUUUGGACUUAACACCAAGCUGCAAUAUUGGUGAAGGAGGCAUUUGUCUUGCUGAAGCUGUGCAUGGUUCAGCACCUGAUAUUGCUGGGAAGAAUUUGGCGAAUCCCACGGCCUUGAUGUUAAGUGCUGUUUCAAUGUUGCGCCAUUUAGAGCUCAAUGACAGGGCUGAUAAGAUUCAGGACGCUAUCCUUAACACCAUUGCUGAGGGUAAAUACCGAACUGCAGACCUAGGUGGCACUUCAUCGACAACUGAUUUUACAAAGGCAAUAUGUGAUCAUCUUUAAAGUUUCCUAUGGAGAAUUCUUUUAGCUUUGCACCGUUCUUUCUGGAGCUAUGUUUAAAACUGGCUUUGGUCAUUUCCAGAGUGGAAUAAGACUGCAUAACUGUGAUGGUUGUAUAGAAGAUCAUCAAAAUUGUUGUUCCUGAGAUAGAGGAGCCAAAUAUGGUACUCCUGCCUAUUUUAGUAUCUUAAGAUGAACAAAUGAUUGAAUUCUUUCUAAACGGCUAAUUUUCCACGCUGCAAGUUUUUUACUUGUGAGAGUAGCAAUUUGUUGUCAUUAUAAGAAGAAAUUAAUGGUACAGUAUGUGGUUUUAUUCCACAUUCUUCA